UGGCUAGCACCUGGUAGUGUCGACCGCCAGGGGAUGCGUCGACGGAUGGGCUGUUCCAGGUUUUAGACCGCCCAAUAAAGCUUCCCUCGCGCCGCCGAUGUGCUGAGGGACGUGUUUUGUUUUACUUUUACCGGCCGCCCUCAGAGGCAUUGAUACUCAAGUCCGCGACCAUGAAUACUGCUACGGUUUCUAUGGCGGUCACGCCGACUGUCCUUUCGACCUUCCUAUCACAUUACCUCAAUCGCAAACCUUUGCGCGAACGACCAACAGCACAUCUAUCCUAUGAUGAAGGCCUACAUCUGAUAAGAUCAUUCCUGUACUUCGCAUCUCAGCAUACUGUUGAAGAACUGCAAGCUUUCACGGCCCAGUGGGUUCCGCACCCCCAAUGGGUGAAGGUGAAGGAAGUCGAGAUACCAGAAGAGACGCUUCUGGAGGCCGCCGAUGCUUUACAGGAACAGCUUGGCCCCGAGGGGGUUCGUUUAGUGGGCGGGAAGAAUUGGUGGCAAUGGAGACGACCUGAGAGCCCCUUGAAGGCUGAAUGGAUUGAGAUGCGAUCCGACUAUAACGAACGGAUAAAGUCGGGUGAUGAGUUGGGCAAGCGGGUCAUGCUAUAUGUCCACGGCGGUGGGUAUUUCUUUGGCAGCGUUGAUGAACAUAGAUACCAGAUGCAACGGCAUGCUCGGAAGCUCAAGGCUAGAGUCUUCGCACCCGAGUAUCGACUGGCGCCUCAAUUCCCCUUUCCAUGUGGUCUGCAGGACUGUUUAGCAGCAUACUUCCACCUGCUCAAAACCCAUGAACCAUCCUCGAUCAUUCUAGCCGGAGAUUCGGCGGGGGGUGGCAUGGUUUUGAGUGUGCUUGUCACACUAAGAGACCGGGGGCUACCUCUCCCAGCCGGUGCUAUCCUGAUUUCACCAUGGGUUGAUCUAACACACAGUUUUCCAAGUGUUUCUGGUGACUGUCCGUUAGACUAUAUCCCUCCUAAUGGCUUCCAUCAUAAACCGUCAGAAUCUUGGCCACCUCUAAACGCAGAUGAAUAUGUCACGUUAAAGGAGGAAGUGUCCAAAAGGAAAAAGUCCAAUCCAUCAAAACAGCUCCCCGAAGCCGAGAAUCCAGCGGUUGAACAAUCCAUGAAGAGCCGGGCAGAAACCACAUAUCUUAGGAUACAUAUCGAUGGUAAAGAAGUUGUGCUCAAAGAUCAGAUCCAGAUGUACACAACCAAUGAACUGCUAUCGCAUCCGUUGGUCAGCCCUAUUAUGCAGCCUUCACUCGGUGGCUUACCGCCAUUGCUCAUUAUGACUGGCGGAGGCGAAAUUCUUCGGGAUGAGCAGAUAUAUCUGGCCCAUAAGUGUGCAAACCCGGAUAAGUAUCCUCCUGGUGACACUCAUUUGAAUGAAACAGCGAAGGAGCAGAUUUCGCUUUUCAAACCAACUGAUGUUCAGCUUCAGAUAUGGGACGAUUUGUGUCAUGUCGCACCAACGCUAAGCUUUACUCGACCAGCCAAAUAUAUGUACCGAUCGGUUGCACAGUUCGGAGCUUGGGCGUUAGCCAGAGCUCAGAAGACGGAGAUUGAGAUAUUGGAUGAUGAUCAGAUUUCUAUCAUCUCAAGCUCCAAUUCUUCUAGUGGCGAGGACGCGCCAGGUAAGGAGGAAACUAAAUCACCAGGACCAGAGCAGUCCCAGGUUGGCAAGGCCGGCGACCCUUUGCCACCCUUCAAGAACCACAUGAUCCGACAGCGGGUCAGUCGACACGGUAUUAUUAGGCCGUUAGAGCCGGCUGUCGAACUUCCCGCAUGCACUCUUGAUCCUAAUGAGAUUGGUGUCAUCAAGCAAAGUCCUGUUCAGAAGUGGCUUGAGGCGCGUCACCAGUGGGAUACCCGCUUUGCGAGUACUCGUGCUAAAGUACAUAAGAAGCGGCUCAAGGAGAUGAUGGCAGGCUACCAGGGGUUUGAUGGCGAGACACCACCUCCAAGCGCUCUAGCCGCAAGACGUAAGGCUGCUGGUGCUCUAGUGGCAAAGAAGAAGAAAAAGAGCAUGGGUCUUGCUCUAUGGUCUCUAUGGGGCUCAAAGCAUGACGAGAUGACCGUUCAGAGAGAAGAAGAAGCUGGAAAGCCUCCGGAGAUGAAGAUUGCUACGAAGCAAGAGGGCCACGGCGCACGUUCCCCGUCAGACCUAGAAAGACAGGAGCGUGACAUGGCGAGCCAAAGACCGUUGAGUAGCCGGAGUCCCUCGAAGACAAAGAUCGUCAGAGAUGAGAACCAAACGUUGGAUAGUGGCGUCAUUGAAAACACACCAAUUGCAGUUCUAAUGGCAAAAAGAGAAGGGAAAAUUCCCCAGGAUGCUGCCGAACCACUCCCAUCACGUAAUAACGACUCGCUUUCGCCUUAUUACGUCCCACCAUCGACUGGGGCCACUGGCAAACGACCGAUUGUGAGCGGCAUUGCAGUGCCGUUCAGCCUGGGCAAAGAAGCCGAAACAGCUAGCAUGAUUACCUUAACCUCAGCAAUGGACCAAUCCUCGCGAGUUGCGAGUCCCAUAUCACCGGAUCCGAGGAUGGACGAUUUAUUUCCUACAAGCGCUACGGCGAUGAUGAGCUCUAAUCCGGAUAUAGCUGACGCGGCGGAGGAGCCACCAACGCCCAAGGUAGUAGACACCAAUACACCAGCAAUGAUCACCCCUCUAGCCACACCACUUUCGGGCGGCAGUGCUCUGGAACGCCCACCUUUGGAGACCUUUGUCACAGCGCAGGAAGAACUGCCGAAGGUCCAAUAGAUUGUGGUCGCGAAUGUAAUGAAUCCUGUUGGGUGGGAGGAAGAAAGAACAGCACACGACUUUAUACCCAAGUCUUUGGAAUAGCUUUUAUUUUGUAUACCCUCGUUAGUAAUAAUCGUAUAUUAGUAUGAUACCAAACACGAAUUCUUAUUUGUUUCCUUUUGAAA